AUGCUUAGAAAUGAAGUGAAAGAAUUUUUAUGUCAAAUGAAAAGUGGACUGGUAGAAUAUUUUGAAUUUGAUAAUUUUGAAAUAACAACUGCUUAUCUUGUGGACAUCGUAGGUCAUUUUAACAAGUUAAAUUUGCAACUUCAAGGCAAAAAUGCUAAUGUUAUUACACAUUCAGAUAAACUGAAGGCAUUUAUUGAAAAGCUCAAACUGUACAAGACUAGAAUUAAUAAUGGAAACUUGAUCAUGUUUCAAAAUUUAAAUAACAUAAUUGGAGUUAACAUGCUUCCUGAAGUUAUAAAGACAGAAAUAGUUUGUCACCUAGAUAAUUUGAUUACUGAAUUUGGUAACUAUUUUCCAGAUAUGAAUCUUUUGAGCAGUGAAGUUAUUAUAUCACCAUUUUCUUGUGAUGUGAAAAAUGUGAAAGAGGAAGCACAAGAAGAGUUUAUAGAGUUAAAGAAUGAUACCACGGCUAAGGAUCACUUCAAAGUAGCACCAUUAAAUAACUUCUGGUUGAAAAUGAGGAAAUCAUAUCCAUUGUGUUCAUCAAUUGCACUUAAAGCCCUUAUUCUUUUUUCAACAUCAUAUUUGUGUGAAGCCGGGUUUUCAGCAAUGCUAUCUCUUAAAACAAAAAAAAGAAAUAGACUUGAUAUUGAUGCAGAUAUUAGAUGUGCUCUAUCAAAAACUAAACCAAAUUUUCAGAUAUUAAUUGCUAGUAAGCAGUGUCAGAAUUCACACUGA